GGGCCGCAAACACGGGCCCGGCCGACGGGCCGGGGCGGGCAGCCUAACCGCGCCGGCCGGGUUGGCUCCCGAGGCCGGGCGAGUGUUUCCUGUGGGUGUCCAUGGAAGAGUAAAAGGAUCCGGAAGCUGCAUUUGAGAGAAAUUUCUGUAGUUUCUGUUACACAGAGAAAUGCUGAAAUUUCAAGAAACUGAUAAGCAUGUCGCUGCCAGAUUUAAUUCUGUUUGCUCAGACACUACAAUUGCAUGACGAUACACUAUUUGGAGGAAACUUGGCGAUGGAAGCUUUGGAAAUGUGUAUCUGGUUUCUGAAAGAAAAGCAAAACAAGGAGAAGAAUUAAAGGUCCUAAAGGAAAUCUCUAUUGGAGACCUAAAGGCUAAUGAAACAGUUGAAGCAAAUAUGGAAGCACAGCUACUCUCCAAAUUGGGUCAUCCAGCCAUUGUCAGAUUUUAUGCAAGCUUUGUGGAGCGAGAUAGUUUUUGUAUUAUCACUGAAUACCGUGAGGGUGAUCUACACUUUAGAAUUCAACAGUACAGAGAAUCGGGGAAGACAUUCGCUCAAAGACUUAUAGACUGGUUGAUACAGUUGUUACUCGGAGUCAACUAUAUGCAUGAAAGGUACAGCAUCCUGCAUGUGGAUUUGAAAGCCAAGAAUAUAUUUUUGAAUAAUGAUCUGCUUAAAAUUGGGGACUUUGGAGUUUCUCGUCUUUUGAUGGGUUCAUGUGAUCUGGCAACUACGUUUACUGGGACACCAUACUACAUGAGUCCAGAAGCACUGAAGCACCAGGGAUAUAACACAAAAUCUGAUAUUUGGUCCCUGGGAUGCAUUUUGUAUGAGAUGUGCUGUAUGAACCAUGCAUUUACUGGACACAGUUUUUUGUCUGUUGUGUUAAAAAUUGUAGAAGGUGAUACACCCUCUCUUCCUGAUAGAUAUCCAAGCCAACUGAAUGCUGUGCUGCGCAGCAUGUUAAAUAAGAAUGCUUCAUUGAGACCAGCAGCAGCAGAGAUCAUAAAAGUCCCUUAUAUCGAUGAGCAACUAAAGAACAUGCAGUACAAGUUCACAAACAUGACUGUGAAAGACAAGGCAGAAAACUGGCAGAAAGAAGGUGCUCCCAUGUUUGAUGCUGUACCAGAGGUAGCGGUUAAGGAUGACGCCUUCGGCAGCAUCGAUGGGGAUAACAUGUCUUCCCCUCGGGCCGGAAAUGCUGCCAUAUUUUUCUGGCCCCGUGUAGACGUGGCCGCUCUUUUCGCAGAACGCUCCGGCAGCGGCCUGUCGGGCUCCCGGGCUCUCGCCGAAGGUCGUCCCGGGCUCCCGGAGCCGCGUAGACGGAAUCGGCAAGACGCGAGUAACGAUUUAUUAUUACUGGGUUUCGUUUCUCUUUUUUUUUUCUGUUCCUGUCUCAGUAGUGUCAGCAGUACUACAGCAUCCAUAGUGCACCGCGAGAUCCCUGAAGACCCAGAAAUUGCAGAAGAAUAUUAUAAUGAUGAGUUUGAAUCCUGUUCAGAAGGCAGUGAAGAGGAGGAGGAUGCAGAAUCAUCACAGACUGUCUCUAAGACAAAUCACCAGGAGGACAGUGAUACUGAGGCAAUGGUCAAGUAUUUGGAGAGUGUCCUGAGUAACAGCUCAAUAGGGAUGGUGAUUCCACCACGUCUCUGGGCAGCCUCUUCCAGUGCUGGACUACCCUUUCCCUCAGGGACUGUCACCGGAGUGUCUCCAGAGGCGCCCCAGGGAUUCAGAGCUCUCAACAGCACUACGGCUGAGACCAAACUGGAACACAUGAGGGAAUUUGCCAUUGAGAAGCUGGGAGUGGAACUUUUUGAGACCAUGUACAGCUAUCUCAAGCAAGCGAGACAGCAGAACGCCAGUGAGGUGGAGAUCAGGAGACGUCUGGAGAAACUGGUUUCUAGAGCAAGCGAUUGCUUUGAAGUGGAUCAGCUUCUCUACUUUGAAGAGCAGCUACAGGCUUCAGAAUCAUGUCUUCAGGUGUAAAAGGUGUGUCAGUAACAGCGCUGGAAAGGCAAGGAGGUGUGAAGAUGCUGAGCUGCCUUCCUCAGGCCAGCAAGCGUGGGAGGUGUUUAGAGGAAACUGCUGAAGGUAACGUAGUACACAAGCAUGUGGGUGAACUCUAUUUGAGAAUCCAGACGGCAGUGCGAACUGGGUAAAUAUGGUACAGAUUACAGGGGCAGGAGGAAGAACAAAUGUUUGUGACAUUCGAGAGGAGGAUUCACUGUUACCAGAGUCCCCUUUUUUCACCACUUAAGGCAUAAAGAAAGGUGUUCUGGGCCUGGGCCAGGUGUCAAUCCUGCCCUCAGACAUCCUGGCAAAGCUGCAUCUGAUGGAAAUGGGGUUAGACUCCAGCUGCUGUCGAUUAUCCGGCACUUAACUGGUCCUCAUGACAUUUGAGCCCGUAUUUUUUGUACUUCAGCAGAUUUACCCUUGAACAUACAUGGCCACUAAUUGUCUUGUUAUUAUUCAUUGUUCAAAAGGACUGCAUUUAAUCUGUGUGACUUUCAAAGGAACUGUGAAAUACAUGCAUACAUGUAUAUUUAUAUUCAUGCUCAGCUACGCAGAGAUAGGUAUAUAUAUGCAUAGAGGCAGAAGGAUGUCAGGCCAUAUACCGAAUGCAUGUGCAUGUGUAGAGACAGAUGUGAGGCCUGAGCUAUAGCCAACUAUGUUAGAUAGAAAUCCUUACUGCGACUUCUAAGAGUUUUGGAUCAAAUUCAUUGUACACAGAUGGAACAAUAAACGUGAGGGUUUUUGCUUGCA